GGGGGUUUUAUAUAUUCACAGAGUUGUGAUCUGUCACUACGACCUAGUUCCAGGACAUUUUCAUCUUCCCCAAAAGAGCCUCCCGCUAUCCAUCAGGCCCUCUUUCUCCUUCUCCCAGCCCUUGGCAACCACUGAUUCACUUCGGGUCUCCGCAGAUUUGCUUGCUAGGGACAUUUCAUAUCCAUGGUUUCAGACAAUGUGUGGCCUGUUGUGUCCGGCUUGUGGUUCAUUUGGCAUAUUUCACAGCUCACCCAUGUUGUGGCAGGUGUCCGUCCUGCCAUUCGCCGUAUGUACCAUGUUCAGUUCAUCCAGUCACUGGACACUGGCGGACUCCUGGGUUGGUUUCCUCCUUUCGGUCACUGUGAAUAGUGCUGCUAUUCCUAAACCAGUUGGUGUGUGAGUUCCUGUUUUCUGUUCUUCGGGGCAUCUACCUAUCAGGGAAAUUGUUAGGUUCUGUGGUAACUCUACAGUUAAUGUUUUGGGGAAAUGCCCCCCCCCACCAAUUUUCCCAUGGCUGCCCUGCAUUCCCAUCAGCAGGGCACAAGAGCUCUAGCUUCUCCCCUCCUGCCCCCAUGCUGGUUAUAGUCCUUCUUUUUGGUGAUAGCAUCCAUUCUUCUAGACGUGAACUGGCUCCCUGUGGAAAAUACACAGUACGUAGAUUUUAAACUGUGAAAUAUUGUUAGCUAGAGCAGCAGUCUGACUGCAGACCUUGCACGUGUAGAGCAGAUGCUGGGAGUGGGGGAAUUGCUACAGGUAAAGCAGGGAAGGAGGCCUGAGCCCACCCCACACACCCCAGAGGCAAAUUCUCCCGAUGGUUUGCAAACCACGGGGUUUGAUAUAUGCCAAGGUCUGUAAUCCAAGUCUAAUUCCUGAAGGCCACUGUGGAGUGGCCAUCGCAGCCCUCAGCGCCGUCCCUCUGGCCUUGCGUAGUGGCCAGGUCGUGGGUCUGUCUGUCCAGCUGCCAUGCUGGGGUGGCCACAGUGAGAAGGAACCCAGAGGCUCCCAUCUCCAGGUCCAGUGCCAAGAGCAGCUGGCGCAGGGCACAGGCAGUGAGCUGGGGAAAUGCCACCGCUGCCCACUUCCCAAGUUCAGGGAGAAAGGUCCUCAGUUUCUCUGAGGGUGUGGACAACCGCAGGGGCUGGUGAGGUCCUCGGCCGUGGAGAGCCCUGGUAUACACUAAUCCUCCGAGGCAGACACAGAGCAUGGCUGCUGGCACAGACCCGGGCCAGACUUCCACCUCCUGCUUCUCCUGGCUUUGGCAUUCGAGGAGCACCAGGCACUCUGCUGUUUGACGGGAGGAAUGUUCCGCCUUAUCGUGUUGUCUUGGCAGAGAGAGGACCCCUCCCAAGUUCUGUUCUGUCGAUUGCAAGGCUCUGCUCUCCGCAGCUGUCAGAGGCUUGAGUCAUGAGACACAGGCUGUUCUGUUCCCUUGGAUUUCAGGAUAGCUUUCUUCUUCUAUUGAUGGCCGAGUCUUUGCAAAAAAAAAAAAAAAAAAAAAAAAAAAAAAUCAUUUCUAGUAGGGGACUUUCAAUUAGCUAGAACACGAGAUUAAAUGCAAGUGCCUGGUUUCUCGCCCAUGACACUGAGUAAAAGGCCAAUGUCUCUUUGAAGAGUGCAGCUUUCUCAGGUUGCAGGGGUGGAAGCUGAAACCCAGGAGCCCUAGUAAUGGAAAGAGAAAAAAGCAUUCAUUGAAAGUCCAUCAUUUCCUUAACAGCCCAGAAUCAGAGAAGGCUGGACCCAGAAGUGUCCUAGAGACCAUCUAAUCCAACUCUUGGCCUCCCAGAUGUGCCUGCUUAAACCACUGUGUUACUAAGAGUUGUGUGUUGAUUGUGUUUGUUUUUAUGAACUCCCCAGAGGGUGCUGUUCCCUGAGAUUCCCCCCAGGGCAUGCAUGCUGAGUGGUCGUGACCGUGAAUGAGGGCAGAAGUCCAGGGGCGAGGACAGCGAGGCACAGCCUUGCAGAAGGCACGUGAUGUGUGCAUGAGGACAGGGCAGGGAGCAGGCUGCAGGCUGGACUGACAGCCCGGGCAGAGCUGCAGGAGAGACUGACGGACACUUCCCAGAGGGCCGCUGAGAACACAGCGCAGGGGUAUAGAGAAGCGGGCCUUAAAUGCCAGAAUCAAGAGUAGUGCCCAAUUUUUACCUAAUUGGGGCCCCUGAUGCACUUUGAGGUUCCAUGGCCUCAUCUCUGUUGCUUCUGCUGCCUCCCUGACCAUGGCUCUUCUCACUUCUCACCUGGGAGGGCUCGAUAACCCACCUGGUCUCCCUGCCUAGCCACAUUCCAUAAAGGCCCCCCCACCUCAGGGACCUUCUAAACUUCAAGUCCGAUCGCGUCCCUCCCCCUUCCAAGGCCCUUCCUUGGCUUCCUGUUGCCCACGAUCCUGGCUUAGGUGGCUCUGUGUGGCGUGGCACUGCCUCAUCCUGCAGCCCCACCCUCACUGUGCCUCUGACCUCACCAGGCGCCCUGGUUUCCUCGGCUGCCAUGCCAUUGAACAACUCACUGCCUCUGCCCAGCCUUCUCCUUCCCUUCCAUUUGCUUUCUCUGACUGACAAACUCAUAUUCAUCCCUCAAGACCCAGUGUAAAUUUCUUUUUGGAGACGCUUUCUCUGACCCUUCAGAGGCCACGUAAUGCCCUGACUGUGUUUCUGUUUUGAAGCUGGCAUUGUGAUGCAACGAUCAACUUCCAAGAUGCGGGCGAGUCCCACUUAUGAGUGUGUACGGUGCUGGGCCAAGCCCCAGCUACAGUAGGCCACGAGGUGCCUUCUGUCACAGAUGAGGAAGCUGAGAUGCAGAGAAGGGGUAUGACUUGCCCAAGGCAGGCACCUAGGGGACGGAGCUGGGAUUUGAGCCCAGAUCUGUUUGGCUCUAUUUCUGCAUCCUUUUGUCUCCUGUUCCCUGGAUCCCACUGUGUCCCUUGGACCCCCAGUGUAGGCCUUUGGGGACCUGCCGGGUGGGUGUUGUCAUGGUGCAGGCAGGAUGGGGAAGUGGAGGAGGUUGGAGGGAAGGCCUGCCUUUACUCUGGUGUUGAAAGGAUGAAAGAGACUCUCAACCCAGCCCCCGCAGUGAGGGGUUCCCUCGCACCUUCCCUUCUGAGCAGCCGGCUCUGGCUGCCUGGGCGCAGGGCUGGGGGACUCUGGGAGCAGGCAGGCGGCACAGGCGACACAUGCACCAUGGCAACCUGCCUCCUCUCUGGGGCCCGGAAGGGGAGGAGGGAGGACUGGAGAAAGCACACCAACUUCUGAGUAGGAUCCUGGAGAGGCGGCUCCCUUUGGGCCUGGGUGGCUUCUGCCCUCCCACAAGGGAGCCCGCCUACAAGGUCCCAUCUCAGCAGGGGAAAUGCCACUUCCGCCUCUGUCCCAGAGGAAUGGCCGGCUCUGGGCUCCCCAGAGACCACUGGGUCCAUCCAGCCCCGGGGACACCGCCUCCCCCGCCCCUCACCCGGACCCGCAGCCUCAUGGCCAUGUCCCUGCCGGGCAGUAGACGGGCCUCUGCUGGAUCCCGCAGCGGGGGCCCUUUGGGCCGCAGCGGCCUGGCGGUGUUUGCCCAGUGCCCGCAGCUGCCCACCAGCCAGAACGAGCACCUGCCUCUUCUUCCUGCCUCCAGGCGCACCUCUCCCCCCGUGAGCGUGCGGGACGCCUACGGCACCUCCUCUCUCAGCAGCAGCAGCAACUCAGGCUCCUACAAGGGCAGCGACAGCAGCCCCACGCCCAGGCGCUCCAUGAAGUACAUGCUGUGCAGCGACAACCAUGGUGUCAAGCCGCCCACCCCGGAGCAGUACCUGACGCCCCUGCAGCAGAAGGAGGUGUGCAUCCGGCACCUGAAGGCACGGCUGAAGGACACCCAGGACAGGCUGCAGGACCGGGACACGGAGAUUGAUGACCUGAAGACGCAGCUGUCGCGCAUGCAGGAGGACUGGAUCGAGGAGGAGUGCCACCGUGUGGAGGCGCAGCUGGCCCUGAAGGAGGCGCGCAAGGAGAUCAAGCAGCUCAAGCAGGUCAUCGACACCGUCAAGAACAACCUGAUCGACAAGGACAAGGGGCUGCAGAAGUACUUCGUGGACAUCAACAUUCAGAACAAGAAGCUGGAGACGCUGCUGCACAGCAUGGAAGUGGCCCAGAACGGCACGGCCAAGGACGACGGCGCUGGGGAGUCGGCCGGCGGGUCCCCCGCCCGCUCCCUCACCCGCAGCUCCACCUACACCAAGCUGAGUGACCCUGCUGUCUGCGGUGACCGGCCCCCCGGCGACCACCCCGGGGCCUCUGCAGAGGACGGGGCUGACAGCGGCUUCGCGGGGACCGAGGACACACUGAGCCGGACGGACGCGCUGGAGGCCAGCAGCCUGCUAUCAUCGGGGGUGGACUGCGGCCCCGAGGAGGGCUCGUUGCACAGCAGCUUCGGCCUGGGCCCCCGCUUCCCCGCCAGCAACACCUACGAGAAGCUUCUGUGUGGCCUGGAGGCCGGCGUGCAGGUCAGCUGCAUGCAGGAGCGCGCCAUCCAGACGGACUUCGUGCAGUACCAGCCAGACCUGGACGCCAUCCUGGAGAAAGUGACCCAGGCCCAGGUCUGCGGAGCAGUCCCUGAAUCAGGGGACAGGGGCCCAGAGCUGGAGCCCCACCCCCCAGGGCCCAAAGACUGCAACUCCACCGUGGUGGUGACGGUGGGGGACGAGCUAGAGGCCCCGGAGCCCAUCACCCGGGGGCCGAGCCCACACCGGCCCGGUGCCAACCCCAGCCCAGGCCCAUCGGUGAGUGUGGCAUGCCCCGUGGAAGAGGAGGAGGAGGCGGCUGCUGAGAAGGAACCCAAGAGCUACUGGAGCCGCCACUACAUCGUGGAUCUGCUGGCUGUGGUGGUACCGGCCGUGCCCACGGUGGCCUGGCUGUGCCGCUCCCAGCGCCGCCAGGGCCAGCCCAUUUACAACAUCAGCUCCCUGCUGCGGGGCUGCUGCACUGUGGCCUUGCACUCCAUCCGCAGGAUCAGCUGCCGCUCGCUGGGCCAGCAGGGUCCAAGCCAGGCGGCCGGCAGCUCCCAGCUGUGAGCGUGUGCGGCCCUGGCCAGCGGCUCUGACGGCCUGACCAAUGAUCGUAGGGGUGCCGCUCUCCUCCUGCUCACGCCCCGGGGGCCUCAGCUGCUUGAUUUAGUUUUGGGUAGGGGAUGUGAACAGUGUCAGGGCUGGGAGUCGGGGUUGGGGGAAGGCACCCCAAACUGUGAUAGGAGACAAGGGAAGAAAGACCAAAGGCAGAGAGGCACACGGAAGGGACACAUUGCAGAGAGAGGAGGUGGGGAGGUCCCCCAACCCAGCCCUGUCCACCUGGACCUUCACACAGGGCCGCCCGCCCCUGCCCAGAAGUCUCCGGGGUGUCGAUGUGGGGAGGCUGGGCCUGAGGUGCCCAGGGGAGCCUCCCCACCCCCACCCCGGGUCCCGUCCCAUUGCUGCCCAUCCAAGCCUCCUCCCCAGCCACCCCCUGCCCUCAGUCCAGCCUUCUGGGCCAGUAGUACCUCCUUCUGUGGAGGCAGCUGCUGCCCAGAAUGCACGCUACCCGCCCAGGACUCUCAGCAGGGUCUGCAACCCCUGGGCCCCAGCUGCAGUUCUAGCAUCUUCCAGCUGCUACCCGCUCUGGGAUUCGGAAGUGUAGUCGGGCCACAGGCAUGGGCCGGUGGAAAGACGGUGAUGGGCAAGAGGUGGCAGAGCGCAGUGUGGCUUCUGUGUCUGUCUGUCCGAGCCCUUCCCCAGGCUCUGUUUCCCUCUCCACGCUCCUGGCUGUGUCAGAUCGUUCUUCCUGUGAGAGCUGAGCCAGACAGGCUAGUGCUGGGGCUGGAGCCUCUGCCGGCCCGAGAGGAGGAGGCAGGGGCUGGCAGUUCAGGGGCACUCCUCCAGCCUUCUGAGACAAGGUCCUACAGUCUGGCAGGUGGGCUGGACUCGGCAAUCCUCCGCUGGUUUGAGAAGCCAGAGGCCAUGAUGGCCCCUGAAGCUCAGCCCGAGUUUCACUGGGGGCCUCAGGCCCAGCUUACACUUUGCACUAUGUUCACUUUGGGGCUUGGCUCUCAUGCGCCCCAGCAGCUCCACUGAGGGGCUGCUUGCAUUCUAGUGAGGGCUCCUAAACUUAGACCUAGCUGUCUCUGGAGAAAAGCCAGCAUGGUGGACGGCAGGACGGGAUAUGGAAGCCAUGAUGUCUGUCCAGGCCAAAGCAGGGCACCCGGGUCAUCUCCCAGGCAAGGACGGAGCAGGGCAGGCCAGAGCCCUGCGGCCUCCCUGCUCACAGCCUGAGGCCACUUGGCCUGGGAAGCUUCACUGUCCCCCUCCUUCCCUGUCCCCCAGCAAAGCUGCUGACCUUUUGGGUCCCCCAGCAAAGCUGCUGACCUUUUACCACCACUAUUAUUUGACAAAGUGAACCUGCUCCUUCUCCCCUGUGGGGCCUAUACCCGUCUGGUGGCCCCUCCCACUCUUCAGAGAUUAGGCCCCACGUGGGGGGUGCUGGCGGGACCCUGUAUCUUACUCAUUCCUCUGGCCCUGGGACCACUCUGGUUCUCUGCCAAGGUUGCUCACCUGCCCCCGCUGCUCCCACAGCCACCGCCUGAGUUGGGGGCUCCGCCUUUCUUCUCUGCACCCUCCAAUCAAAGGGGGGGCCCUGCAUGCACUGGGAGUGGGCAGCCAGCUCAGCCAUGGGGCCGGCAGCCCCCUCUGCCACACGCUUUGUGCCUCCAAAGCCUCCUUCCCCUGGCUGGGGCCUCAGACCAUCCGUCCUUUGCAGAGCACCACCACCCCAGCCGAAGCGCACCUGAAGUCCUGGGGCCUGGCUGGGGCUGCCCCACAGAUGCUGGGGUUGUGCCAUGGAGGGGCCGUGGACACACCCAAUCUAAAGCCAAGCCGGGCCUGGCCGUGGACCCCGCCUCCCGUGCUGUGCACUCACGGAGCUGCGUAGCGUCUCCUUAGAAAUAGUCCAAGCUUUGCCGAGAAAAUAAAUGUCUGACUAUAUUUGACAACAUGAAAUCUAUAUAUUUUUCACACUGGAAUUCAGUCAAGCCACACAGCCCCUCUGCUCCUGUCUGUGUCUUGCUCUCUGUGGCCUUCCUGUCGUGUCUCGUGUUUCAGUGGUCGGGGCCGUAGUCCACUGGGUCCCACCGGAGGUCCCGGUGAAGGGCCGCGCCAGAAGUGAGUGGCGCCGCCGCUCAGGGUUGCGGAGCCCUCGCCCACAUCGUCAAGGUUCUUCUCUCUUGGGGCCCUCAACGGGCAUUUCUUUCUCGUGUCAGUGGAGGCGGUGGCUCUGCACCCAGCCCCAGGAUGGACCCCGAGAGCACGCUGGCUGGCGGCCCUGGUCCAGCCCUCCAUGUGCCCAUGCGUGUGCUCAGUGUCUGCAUCUAUGCAAAGGGGGCAGCGUGGCGCCCGAGGCUCAGAGCAAACGGGGUAGCACAGCGGCCUGCUGGCUCGGGCUCCCGGCCCCAGCACCGCGGGGCACUGGGUGUGGGGCAGGAGUGCAAGGCCAAGGCUGGGGGACUGCCCCCCUCCAGUGCUCCUCCUCCAAAGCUCCCCUUUUUCCUUCAUAUCUCCUCCUGCUGAGCUCUGGCCUUGCCCUCCUGCCCUCGGCUCCUGGAGCAAAAAUUGUCGGGGGGCGGGGGGCCUCCCUCCACCGUCUGGCCUUGGGCUGGGGCUGAUUCCCUCCCACAGGACAUUUCCCCAGGAAGCACCUGCUGAACUGCUGGUCCCUUGGAGCCCAGGGGGCCGGAAGUGGCUUCUGCUCAGUCGUAGGGCCUGGGUCUGGGCCUUCCUGCUGCUCCUCUGGCUCUGGGCUCAGGCAGGAAUCAAAGCAUGGGCUAGGACUCUGCACACAGAGCUGGCCUCCUGCGGAGUUUAUUCCGAGCAUCUCCCAAGGGGAGAACUUAGCUUUUCACUGACCAGGCUUCCCAGGCACUGUUAGCAACGGGGCGUCUGACAGCGCCUGGGGAGGGGCAGCCCCGCCGAUGUUCUGGGGCCUACCAGAGGCCUGAGCCCAGGGAACUCCUGACCCCCUUCUCUAGCCCAGGGGGACAGUACAAACAAGCCACAGCACACUCCCCCAUUCAGCCAUCCCCUCGAUGGAGAAGUCGGGGGGUAUGGGAAAGGGGGAGGUGGCGAGGGUCUUCAUUUUGUCUCCUUUGUCCUGUUCAGACAGAGUUGUACCCGCAGCAGACAGCUCUGAAUUAAAGCAUGAAAACACAGCAAGCCCCUUGGCCUG